AUGGCAGCCCUCAUCAUCAUGUUUGCAUACAAGUCAAAGCUCCUCCGUCCAACCUGGAAGUCAUUAGUCGCCGCUUUAGCGCUUUCGAUGACCACCAUUAUCUUAAGUGAGGCUUUUCCCAAGGUGCCUUCAUUUCGCAACAUAUUUUCUGUCAAGACAUUGAAAUUCGGUUCCAAUAUGGCAAACCUUAAUACACGCUUCGACGCACUUCGUCCCAAAAUCGAACAAUCGAUGAGCAUUGGAGGCUCCCCUGGGGUCAGUCUGGGUGUCGUGCAAAAGGGCAAACGCGUUUACUAUGCGGCUUACGGUCUUAGCGAUCUCGAGCGAGGCUUACCCAUCACCGACAAAACUGUACUGCCUCUCUGCUCCACGACUACAGCAGUGACAUCAGCGGCUUUGGGCAUUUUGGUCGAGCAAAAGAAGGUAGCAUGGGAUACACUCGUGAAGGACUCUCUUCCAGAGUUUAACAUCAGCUAUGAAAUCCUGUAA